GCGACGCUAAGUUAGUGUAACCUUUCCGUUCAACGCAAACACCUCGACCCCCCCCCCAGAUGUGACUAAAAAGCAGACGAUUUUGCCGCUGUUCGCCAAGGAGGAUCGGGAUUCAAGAUCCUUCAAGAGUUGCGGCGAUAUCGAGUUAAAAAGACUGCCCCUCUGAUGAAGAUGCCCUCAGCCUUGGGAGACCUGUACCUUUCCCCCUGUGAAACACUACCCUAGAAAUGAGUAAAGAAUGUCCCCGGAUUGAAAUGGACCUGGCUUUUGGAUCAGCCAAACCUUAUGGGUCCUCAAGGAGUAUUGUCAGGAGAAUAGCAACUAGUCUUCCUCUGAAACCUUGUCCAAGAGUCCAUUUCCAGCUUUAUCCUUUCUCUGAGGCCGCUGAUGUCCUGAACAGCAGCAGGGGGCAGAAUGGCCCAGUUGCCUCUCUGGCUGAUGUCAGCUGGAUUGACAGGGAUGAGGAGGAGGACGAUGAAGACUACAAUAGUAGAUCCAGGUCAAGGCCACCAACGGGGCUUGUGUUCCGAGCCCGUCAACCUCACCCUCGAAGACAGCCCUUAUCCCGUAGGAGCUCACUACCGAGUCUGUUCGAGGGGACUCCGGACCCCCAGGGGCCGACUGCUGCAAAUGACGAGGCCAUUCAGAAGAUCAGCGCACUCGAAACUGAACUUGCAAAACUCCGAGCCCAGAUCGCACAGAUUGUCCUGGCCCAGGAAAAGAACGCACAGCCAACCACCUCUGCUCCUUCCCUGGGCAUCCCUCCUCCUCCUCCACCACCCUGUGCUGCCCCACCUCCACCACCACCACCCCCUCCUCCUCCUCCACCCCCUGGCCUCCAGCGAACUUUCUCAGCCAUUGACCUGAUAAGAGAGCGCAAAGGGAAGAAGGUGGAGAGCCAGACCAUUUUGGAUUCGGGGUCGAAGCCAGCCGAGAUGCCUAGCAUGCUUGACGUACUGAAGGAUAUGGGCAAAGUGAAGCUGCGAUCGGUCAAAAGUCGUCAAGGGGAGGUGCAUUCCAAAGCCAAGGCCAGCGACCCUACAGAUGCGGCAGGUCUCAUUGCUGAGGCCCUGAAGCGCAAGUUUGCCCAUCGUUACCGGCAGGACAGCGAACAGGAAGACGACAAGGAGGUCUUCGAACCUCCCGCCCCAGAAGUCAAACCUCGACCCGAGCCUAAUUUGUUUGGGCAGCACAUGUUGAAAUCCACUGGAAGGAGGAAGUUCCUUUGAAUACGUGGCAUUGAUGAGCGCUGACAGUUCUGGACCGUGGGUCCAGAUUGACUUGGGGUGCCUUCUCAGCAUUUUAAUACACCCGUUUUGAUUAUCUGCAUUUUUUGCACUCAGAUCAUUUAUGUUAUCGAUAUUCCCUUGUAUCGGUUGUUUUUUUUUCCUGUUCAAGAGUUCCUGUUUUUAAAUGUUUUUAAAACUGACAAUUAUCUUGGAGAUCCAUGUGCAUGUUUUAGGAAACACUAUUAUUAAAUGAGUUGGGGUUUUUUUUGGUCUUCGUAUUGAGGAGACUGAUGCACAGUUAGGUCGGUUCAUCCUAUGUGUGCCCUUCUUGAGGGUUCAGUGUAAGCUUUGAGUUCCUCUGUCUCAAAAAGAAAGGGAGUACUUUCUCGUGUUCAUUCUCGUCGAAUACUGUGCAGUAUUGUUUUCACGGAACGCUUUGCAGUCAGUCUAAUUUAUAAUUUGUGAAUAGUUUAGAUUUUAUUUUACGCAGGUAAGUAUUUCUUAGACGUCGGGUGUUAUUUAUCCCGUCAAAGCAUGCACGGUAUCUGAUUUUAGAUGGGGGGGGGGGGUCCUCUUAAUUUAAGAUGUCUGAGGUGAGUUGGAGGUCAGAAACGGUUGUUUCACGGGAAAACCUAGGUGUCUUACGAGAACCGUGACCUGUUGCUUCAGAGCCCGUUUAUGUUGCGUCAUAAACAGGCUUGCUAAUGGCUCUGACAACAUAAACAGGGCUUGCUAAUGCUAACGACACCGUUUAGAUGGCUUUUCCUUGUUCUGUUUGCAAACGGCACUCGGUAUCAGUUGCCGUUGUUAAUUUCCCUAACUGAAGAUCUCGCGCCUUACAGCCGAAAACAUCCAGUUAGUGCUUUUGAGAUCUGCUUUUCACUUUUAAAUUGCCAACUUUGGCAUUUGGUAAUAAAAGGCAGGUUUUUUUUUUUUUUCUUCCGGGAAAUUGGUUGCUUUUGUUUACGACAGGAUGGUACGUAACAGUUACGGCAACGCCCCCUUUAAAAACUGUAGACUAUGAACCAAAGCAAUGCAAACUAAAUUUGCCAGUGGCUUAAGAGGCAGGUUUAAUGAUUCCCUUUCACGUUUUCUCCUGAAGGUUUGACCGAGGGUUUUGCUCUGAAAUCUUUGCUGGUCCGUACGUCCAAAGUAUACAGGAUUGCACUGUGUUGGCUUUUUUUUUUUUUUGCAAAAAAGUGAUCAUAAAAUAGCUAAGAUAAUGACACUACUUUCACAACUGCAUUCAAUAAACACCAUAAUAUUCACUACGAUAUUCUCUACAUGGUGGGCAUUGUCAUUCGGGAAAAGGGUCUUUUAUAAUCUUGUGACAAUCUUGUCAUAUAUUGUGCGUUUGUUAUCUGGGAGGAGGGGACGAGAGCUCUUCUCCGGCAGGGUUUCAUUCAGAAUGACACUAAUUGUAUAAGGAGCGGUGUCUUUAUCACAUUCUGUACCAUUUCCCAUUGUAAUUUAUGCCAAUGCUGUCGCACAUCAACUCUUGUAAGGAAAUACAGACCGGGAGUGUCGGUAAUACUCAAGUACUACUGGAACUGCCGGGACGUUUGUGUUAAGAGUGCCGUUGACUGACUUGAUUCAUGAAAUUUUAUCAAUAAAAGUAACAUGGAUUCUCAAGCGC